AUGAGGCUAAAGUUAUAUCCCCACACUAGAAUCCGUCGGGUCAAAUGCGAUGAGACACGACCGUGUUGCAAGCGCUGUCAAUCGACGGGCCGGAAAUGCGACGGAUAUUACCUCGUUUCUCGCAGCGAGUUGUCGCUGGUAAUUCCUUCCAGAAUACCCGAGGCUGACGAAAAAUCCCGUCGCAGCUUGGAUUUCUUCCAACAUGUGGUCGCGCCUGUUCUUUCAGGGCCGCUGGGUCGGUCUUUCUGGACUCAUCUAGUCUCGCAACUGGCCCAUCAAGAACCUGCUGCUCGGAAUGCUGUGAUCACCAUCAGCGCGCUUUAUGAACAAUUCAACCAAGGUGCCACACAACUCCGGCUGCCAUAUGAUGAAGGCUUUGCAAUGCGACACUAUAGCAGCGCCAUACAAGAAAUUAUCUCUCUCAAGGCACAUUAUCCAGACCAGCUCGACACGACCAUCAUUGUCUCCAUCUUGUUAUCUUGUAUAGAAUGUCUUCGCGGCAAUAAGGCGGCCGCUGUCAGCCAUUGCAGGCAUGGAAUUCUGCUCAUGAACUCAUCUCGCCCCAAUGCCGAACUGGCGUCUAUCUUCCGACACUUGAGCUUCGUGCCGCUGUUCGCCAAUGAAUGUCUUGAACAACUUCCUCUGCUCACAAAUGGCCGAUCUCCAUCGGCCUCCACUCCUUUCCAGACGUUCGCGCAAGCUCAAGAGACUAUCGACUGGCUGGGAUAUCAUGCAGUGAAACUAGCCCGCUUGCGAGACAAUUAUCGAACUAGUGAGGCUGGGCCAUCGACUACAUCAAAUUCCCCAAUCUUUUUCUCAAAGGAAAUUCGACGCUUGAAUGUUUACCUGGAGUCAUGGUUCGUGUCCUUUCUCCCACUUAAGGAGCAAGCCGAAACUACCUCAAAAUACAUCUCGACAGCUCGCAUCCUAGAAAUGCGAUGGCUAGCAUCAAAGAUCUGGACAAAUUGCUUUCUCGAGGAUGACGAGACCGCAUACGACGCUUAUAUGGAUGAAUUUGAGCGCAUCGUCGAGAUCGCCGAACAAUCACCUCCUGAAGAAGAUCCCUUCUGGUCCAAGUCUCCCAAAUUCAUGUUCGAAAUGGGCUUCGCGCCGCAGCUAUACUUCACCACUAUGAAGUGUCGCUACCUGCCGCUGCGCAUCAAGGCUCUUGUCCUGAUGAGAGAAAAGUGCUGCAAAAGGGAGAUUCUCUGGGAUUUCGAUGCUAUGUAUACGGCAGGCAAGCGUAUCAUCGAGGUGGAGCAUGAUAUGAAGCUUCCAGACGAUCUCAGCUGCGUCCGACAGAUGAUCGAUGACCCUCCUCCAGCUCCCACUGAUAGCCAUCGACUGCGCGACUUUACUUUCGCAGAUAGUGACGAUGUGGAUUACAUAUACGAAAUCGACAAUGGCUUGGAGUUCCAAAAAAACCGAAUCUAUUUUCAUUUUCCGACUUCGGUCUCUGUGGACGUUGACUGA